UCCCGUCCCAAAACCUUAGAGUUGAAGAAGUAGAGCUAUUAAGAAGUUAAACUAUCCAUUCAUUUCAUUAGGGAUGUCUACUCUAACUAACUCCAAUCCUGAAAUCAAGCAAAGAAAUCUGGCAGAUUAUCACCCUAAUAUUUGGGGGGAAUAUUUUAUUCAAUAUGCUUCGGAGUCUAUGGAUCUUGAUCAAAACAUUGUAGCAGAAAUUGAUACACUUAAAAGUGAAGUGAGAAAUAUGCUUGUCGCAAAAACAGAUGAGCCUUUCGCGAAAGUUAAACUGGUUGAUUCAAUAUGUCGUUUGGGUGUGAGUUAUCACUUUGAAAAAGAAAUUGAUGAUGUUUUGCAACAAGUUCACAAGAGCUGUGUUGAAAAUGGAGAAGUAAUUCUUGAAGACAACCUUUGCGCUCUUGCUGUGCUGUUUAGGGUGUUGAGGCAACAAGGAUUUUACGUUUCACCGAAUGUGUUCACCAAGUUCAAGGAUAAGCAAGGAAACUUUAACGAAACACUUAUCACGGACGUUGAAGGGAUGCUAAGCUUGUAUGAAGCUUCACAUAUGAUCGUUCAUGAAGAAGACAUUUUGGAAGAGGCAUUGGGGUUUACUUCCACUCACCUGGAGUCCAUUGCUACUCAAUUAAACCAUUCUCUUGCAGAACAGGUCAAAUAUGCUUCAAAGCAUCCUAUACACAAGAAUUUGCCUAGGCUAGAGGCACGACAUUACAUUUCUAUCUACGAGCAAGAUCCAUCCCAUAAUGAAAUUCUACUCACUUUCUCGAAAUUAGAUUUUAAUUUGCUCCAAAGCCUACAUCAAAAAGAAUUUGGUAACAUUUGCAAAUGGUGGAAGGAAUUGGACUUCUCUAGCAAAUUACCUUAUGCACGAGACAGGAUUGUGGAAUGUUCGUUUUGGAGUUUAAUCGUAUAUUUUGAGCCCCAAUAUCCUCAAGCAAGGAAAAUGUUGUCGAAAGUAAACGCCAUAUUAUCAUUCAUUGAUGAUACAUAUGAUUCAUAUGGAACCAUUGAUGAACUGGAGCUUUUUACCGAAGCAAUUGAAAGGUGGGAUAUUGACGCCUUGAAUAAUCUUCCAGACUACAUGAAAUUACUUUAUAAAUCAUUCUGGAAUAUUUACAAGGAAAUAGAGCAAGAAAUGAUUAAACAAGGAAGGUUGUAUAUCCUCAACUACUACGAAAAAGAAUUUAAAAAGGCAGUCCAAGCUUAUAUGACUGAGGCCAGAUGGUUGAACAAAAACUAUAUACCAACAACAGAAGAGUACAUGAGCGUAUCAACAAUAUCAUGUUGCUCCACUUUGCUAAUAUUAACUUCUUACAUUGGCAUGGGAGACACAGUCAUAGAGAACAUCUUCAAUUGGUUAACGAAUGAGCCAAUUAUUGCUAAUGCUGCUGCAACUAUCUGUAGGGUGAUGGAUGAAAUUGUGUCCAGUGAGUUUGAACAUAAAAGAGGACAUGUUUGCUCAUUGUUGGAUUGCUAUAUAAAACAAUAUGGUAUGACUAGGGAAGCUGCUAUUCAAGAAUGCCAAAAGAGAGUUGCAAUCGCUUGGAAAGAUAUAAACAAAGAAUGUCUAAGGCCAACCGAAGUUCCAAUCGAGUUUCUAACCCGCGCUCUCAAUUUUUCGCGUUUUAUGGAUGUGUUUUACACAGAUAAAGAUAACUAUACUCAUGUUGAAGGUCUCAUGAAAACAUACAUUAAAGACGUCCUGGUGGAUCCAAUUCCAAUUUGAGCAUCAAUGUUUAUGUCUUUGUGUGCUUUGUAUAUAUUUCGAGUUUCUAGUUUGUAUAAAGAAAACUUGGUGCUUCUAAUGUGGAGAACCUCAAAAAAUGCUUGAAUAAAGAAAAUGUUUAAGUCCUUUUUUCGGAGCUCAAUAAUUAUAAGCACUCAAGAAAACAAGAAGGCAUGCAUGUCAGGUGUGAGACUUCUUUUGUUGCAAUUGAAUUGAAAGUUUGUGUUUUGUUA